AUGUUUGAUAUUUGUCUUUGUCUUUUACGACGAAAGACAAAAAUCGUGCAAUGUGCGGGGUCGAAAGACAAGUUUUUAAUUUUUAAACCAAUAAAACUUGGAUUAUAUGGUCACGUGAAUUCUGUGGAGCCUUUCUUUCCCGCCAAAAGAAAAAAGAUCGAGAACGCCAUGGAGAAUACAGAAGACGAAGUCGGUAUAUGGACAGCAAGCAAAGAGGAGCAGCUUGUCGAUCUGUGGCAAGAAAAGGCUUGUCUGUAUAUGGUUACGUCUCCAGAAUAUUCAGACAGAAACAAGAAGCUAGCAGCCCUGAACGAAAUUGCAACUAAACUUUCUUCAAACGUGAAUCAAGUAAAAAAAAGAAUCGCAUCUCUGCGCACGCAAUAUGCACGCUCCCGCAGAAUCCCAAGCAGUGGAAGUGCACGACCAAAAAAGAUGAAGAAGACUCAAUGGAUAGAAGACCGCCUUCAAUUUUUAAGCCCAUAUGUAUCCAACAGAGUGUCUAUUUCUAAUUUGCAGUCUUCAACUGAAAGUUUAUCUGAGCCACAGCUUAACACUGGUGACAGUGACUGUGAUGGAGACUUGGACGACAAUGAUGCCCCUGCUGCAGAGACACCAGUUUCAACAAGCAGGCCACUGGCUGCUGUUAAAAAAUCCAAAACUGCAAAGCAGAAAAAGGAAGAGGAAGAACUCUCCAUUCUGAAGUCUCUUGCAUCAUCUUUCUCUGCAGAUGAAAAUUUAGCUGCAAAAAAGGAUGCAAAGCCAAGCCCUUCAGCUGCCUUUGGGGAAUACGUUACACAUGCUUUGUCUGUGAUGGAUGAGAAAACAAGACUUGUUGCAAUGAACAACAUUCAAAAUGCUCAGAUGGGCUCUUUCUCAAAUGAAUUCAACAACCCAUAUCAUGCUGGUCAACAUGCUAGAAUGCAGUCUUUCAGGCAGUCACUUGACCAGCAAGAUAUGAGUGAAGGGCCAUCGUACGGACAAUUCUAAUCUUUAAAAUUCAUACAGUAUAUUGCUUUCACUGCACUCUUCAAUGUUAUGUGAGUUGGUUUUAAUUAGCACAUUAAAUAUUGUAUUGAAAACCAAAAAGUAGAAAACAAAAAAUGUUAUGUACCUUAAGA